CCCCCUUCGGGGUUUUCUAUGCAACAGUGUAAGAAUGUGUUUAUAACAUUCCUUUACCGUUCUGUAAUGAAAAAUAUUUUGCAACCUGAAUGUCUAGUUCUUGAAUCUAGCAGUUCCAGUUAAUAAAAAAUACAGUUAUCAGUGUAGUGAUUGUAAAAAUAAAAUGUUUUAAGCUUUAAGUGACAUUCUAAAGUUAACCUAAAAUGCCUGACACGGUUGAAUCAGAUUUGGCGAAGGUUUUAAAGGGUUUACCUUUGGAUGGUAACGACGAAGAGAACUGUGAUUUUACCCUAGAAGAACAAAAUGUAGCCCUAGAAGCCCAGGGCAUUCAACCCAAGAUUGACCCAAAUUUUAAGCCCAUUUUAGGAGUUACCACCACCUUUAUAGUGGCUGUUGUUAUGUUAAAUGAAAAUAAUGAAGUCUUGAUGAUACAAGAGGCCAAAAAAACAUGUGCUGGAAAGUGGUAUUUACCAGCAGGAAGAAUGGAAAAACAGGAAACCAUAGUGAUGGCAGCAAAACGCGAAGUUUUGGAAGAAACAGGUUUGGAAAUUGAAUGCACUUCCUUGUUGAUGAUUGAAUGUGCUGCUGGUUUUUGGAUAAGAUUUGUUCUAACUGGAAAGGUGCUUGGUGGUGAAUUAAAAACUCCUGCUAGGGCUGACCAAGAAUCUUUGCAAGCCAAAUGGAUUGCUAAUAUUGAUGAAUUAGAACUAAGGUCUUCAGAUAUUAAGCAUCUCAUAGAAAGGGCGAGAGCAUAUAAGAUGGCCAGGCAAAUAAAUGACAAAGGAUUUCAUCCGGAUCAAUUGCCUGCUUUAAAACCGCACACCAAAAUGUUGCUGAGAAUGGUAAUAGUUAUAAAAAAGAAAGCUAGUAACAGGGUUCACAUUUUGAUCAGCGAGAAAAAUUCAUGGCACUUACCAACUUGUGAAAUACAUUCGAUGAAAAAUAUACAUUCCUCUAUUAGAAAAUUUAUGGUUGAUUUGUUUGGAGCCGAAGUUCCAACUCACAAGUUAAGCGGUGUUUUGUCGUAUUUUGCACUUAAAUAUUGGGUUUGGUUUCAAACCGUACAAUGUCCUCUGACAACUUGGGAUCAAAACGUACAAUCUCCAAACAGCCCACAGGAAGCAUGAUUUGGCCAAAUGUAUGUUUUUAAUAUUAUUUUAACAAUUCUGGGACAUUCAAGAAAUCAAAAAAUUGGUACUUAUAAAGAAACCUACAGAAUAUCUUAAGAUUUUUUCAAAAUUUGCUAGUGUUGAAGCUUGGAGGAGAAAUUUAGAAUUUGUGCUAAAGUUAUUAAACCAACUAGUGGCGUUUCUUUGUGCUUGGUCUAAAAUAAUUAUAACCACAAAACAUUUUGGGCAAAUAAUUCAGGGCACAGAGAAGGUAUGUACAAAAUUGACCUAGAAAGUGAUUACUUAGCAAAAAGACGCAAAAAAUACAACAUAUUUGUCACAGGAUUAAUGCGAAACAAAAUAGAAUUAAAGAAUAAAUAGAGGACAACUAACAUAAAUUUGAAAUUUUACAAAUUUGUUCUAGAUAAAACCAAAAUAGUUAUUUACCUACCAAAACUGUUGCAACCAGAACAAAUUUUUAAAAUUUCAAAUCUUAGUUAACUGGUGCGGAAAGUACAGUUUUUCCGCUCGCGACUGCCGUUGAACAAACGACGCCUAGUGGAGUUCGGUCAUCAGUCUAGUGCGGAAAUAGUAUACUAUGCGACGAGUGGAAUCUUCUCUUUUAACCAAUAGACGCACACAGUAUUUUAUUCAACUACCACAAGGAAUUUAAAGCCAAUUUUAUUUGACAGCUGUCAAGCAGUUUUUAAUUCACUUUUUUUCAAUUUUAACUUCAAGCUAACUUCAGCCCGUGGGCGAAAUGCUAUUUCUUCCACUAGUAAGAGAAGUAAAAUUUCACCCACCAGUUAAAGAAAUGGGUGUUGAAUAA